GUAGUAGUGACAGCUUGAGGGUUGUCGAGAAAAAAAGUGUAACCAGAUAUAGGUGGCCUCUGCUAAAUGGAUAUCCUGCAAUCCAACUGAUUAUUUAGCGUCUUGUAGUUUGCCUAGUCAUGCACAUACUGUAACUAAGUCUGGAGCUGUUCAAACCUGCUGCUUCAUAUCUGUGCGAGCGUGCCUUGCAGAGCUGAGGGAAGCGCGAGCCGAAGCAACGGUUGUCGGAGCGCGAUCAGACCAACAAGUGGUGUCGUUGGAAGCGGCUCUCGUGGCAUGACUACUACAAACAAGGGAAACAAAGCCUUGAAGGUGAAGAAGGAGCCAGGGGAGAAUGGGACCAGCCUCACGGACGACGAACUGGUGACCAUGUCUGUCCGGGAGCUCAACGCUCACCUCCGCGGCCUCACCAAGGACGAAAUCCUGCAGCUCAAGCAGCGGCGGCGCACCCUGAAGAACCGUGGCUACGCCGCCAGCUGCCGCGUCAAGCGGGUCACCCAGAAGGAGGAGCUAGAGAAGCAGAAGACGGCACUGCAGCUGGAGGUGGACAAGCUGGCCACAGAGAACGCCACCAUGAAGGUGGAGCUGGACUCGCUGCGCUCCAAGUACGAGGCCCUGCAGAGCUUCGCCAGGACUGUGGCGCGCAGCCCGGCCAUAGCCUUAACCCCAGGGGGUCGGGGGGUCAUGGGGCCCCUGGUCCCUGGGAAGGUGGCCACGGCCACCAGCGUCAUCACCAUCAUCAAGUCCAAGACGGGAGCCAGGUCGUAGUAUCGGGGCUGGGCGGCGUGGAGAGUUAUCAGACUAAUGAAACAACGAGUACUACAGUCAGUGUAUCAUCAUGGAGCACAGGAUUAGUUCCCUUGUCUGUCUUUUGGGCCAGAACACACAACACAACCCC